AUGACCGAGGUAGUAGGGUGGUUAGCGCGGAAGCAGAAUGACAGAACUGACCUUCGCGAAGAGACUCAUGAAGCCGCCCCUGUAGAUAUCGCCACAUACUUCGCCCCUGGUCCUGAGCUCAUCUCGCACCUGACGAAGAAAAUUGGAUCCAGCAGCGCCGUGUACUUCCUCGGGGAUAGCCUCGAAAGAAGUGAAAGUAUGACCUCCAAUUCUGAAGGCGAUAUUUUCCAGAGCACUCCUCCCAAUAUGUCACCAACAACGCAGCUACUCACCGCCGUCAGAGAAAUGUGUACGUCAAGAUCUUCCGCAGUUGCUUCGCCUACAUUGGCAAGCGGUGAUGAAAAGGAGCAUGAGCACCACAGGGACAGUCACAAGACUGUACUGGAUCAACCGGCAGCAGGCCUUCCGCCUGUGAUUCAGUACACCCCCCAAUUGAGGCCGAAUCACAGCCGUUCCGGACAAGUCGCCGGAUAUCUAGAGUCCCCUGCAAGAGUCCUGCUUGUAGGAAGCAUCGCGGAGCAGGGCCGCGUCUUGGGCCUGAAGGAACCUGUCGUCAGGUGUUUGUGUGAAGAGGAGGGCGUCGCAUUUCUGAAAGUGUGUCAGGGAGAGCACCUUCACGACUGCACAUACGCUGACCAUAUUUGUCUCUAUGCAUGA